AUGGACACCAAUCAAAACACUAGUGCAUUCACAAAUGUGAACAGCACUUGGAAUCUCGAAAAGAAGGAAACAAAUGAACAACAACAUGACCAUGUUAUUCUUCAAAUCCAAGACCACCAAAUCCCUAUGGGUUCUGGGAUGUGGCCUAACAACUACCACCACAACCACCACCACAACCUCCUUCAAAUUCAUCAAACACCAACCUCAUCAUCAUCCAUCAUAGCACCACCCUCCUCCUCACCAUCAGGGUUCCUCAGUGACAUACUAGGUGUUCACAACAUAGAAGAAGAUGAAGAACCAGAAGAAGAGUUAGGAGCCAUGAAGGAGAUGAUGUACAAGAUCGCUGCUAUGCAACCAGUGGACAUCGACCCUGCCACCAUCCGAAAACCAAAGAGGAGAAACGUUCGCAUCAGUGACGACCCUCAAAGUGUUGCUGCACGGCACAGAAGAGAGAGAAUCAGUGAGAAAAUCCGCAUCCUCCAAAGACUUGUCCCUGGAGGAACCAAAAUGGACACAGCUUCAAUGCUUGAUGAAGCCAUUCGCUAUGUUAAGUUCUUGAAGAGACAAAUCAGGUUGCUCCAAUCCAUUCCUCAAACUCAACACCCUUCACAACCACCGCAAUGCAUUGGUGGCGUUGCUAGUACUCAUGCUAGCACCUUGUUGUUAGCCCCUUCUUGUGAUUGGCCUUUUGCACCAAAUGUGUUACUCAGUUCCACCGCCGUCACUGCCGCCUCUUCUUCCUCCAUGGACAUACCGGCCGGACUCGGUUUCGAUGCCGGCGGGCAUGGCCACAGUCAUGCUUGUGAUGGCUCCUCCAGCUUCAAUCAUCACGAGGUAAUCAGUGAAUAA